UACUUGUCUCCUCCGUGCGAGAAGGGACAGAGCAGCGAGGCUCGUGCACGCAUCUCGACCUGCCCCCACUUCUAUUUCAUCGCCCAUCUGGUUCUCACUCUUCCAAGCUUGUAAUCGUGCUGAGUUUCGGAGCCGUUCCUGCAAAUGGGGCUCGCUCACCUGCUGCUGUUGUCGCUCUCCCUGUUUGUCGCCAGUGGGUCGCGCGCUGUGGAGCUCAAAUCCGAGGCCGAGCUCAAGUCCUUGACCCGAGACUUGCUGGAAUCGGCCAGGGACCCGGAGUUCUUCCGGUGGAUGCGGGACGUCAGGAGGAGGAUCCACGAGUACCCGGAGCUCGGGUUCGAAGAGCACCGGACGAGUCAACUCGUUAGGGACGAGCUCGACUCGCUCGGGAUCAAGUACAAGUGGCCCGUCGCCAAGACCGGCGUCGUCGCUUUCAUGGGGUCCGGAGAGAAGCCGGUGUUCGCUCUCAGAGCCGACAUGGAUGCUCUGCCGUUGCAGGAACUGGUGGACUGGGAGCACAAAAGCAAGAUUGACGGGAAAAUGCAUGCCUGCGGCCACGAUACCCAUGUAGCUAUGCUUCUCGGAGCAGCCAAAUUGCUCAAAGAGAGGGAAAAUCAGAUCAAGGGAACCGUAAAGCUUGUAUUCCAGCCUGGAGAAGAAGGUUACUCUGGUGCUUAUUACAUGUUGCAAGAUGGAGUUCUCGACGACCUUGACGGAAUCCUUAGCAUCCAUGUUUUGCCUAAUGUACCGACGGGGUUCAUUGCUUCCCGGCCUGGCCCGAUACUUGCAGGUGCUGGGGUGUUUUCGGCCACUAUUCAGGGGAAAGGCGGGCAUGCAGCACUUCCUCAUCACAAUAUAGACCCCAUUGUUGCAGCUUCAUCUGCAAUCCUCGGUCUUCAGCAAAUCGUAUCUCGAGAGACCGAUCCUCUUGAGGCACAGGUGGUGACAGUCGGGUAUAUCAAAGGAGGCCAUGCCGCUAACGUGAUUCCUGAGUCUGUUAAAUUUGGAGGAACCUUUAGAAGUUUGAGUUCCAACGGUCUCUUAUUCCUUCAGAAGAGGAUAAAAGAGGUCAUAGAAAUGCAGGCGGCUGUUCACAGAUGUAAAGCUGUGGUGGACUUCGGAGAGGACAAAGUGCCUCUUCACCCUGUAAUGGUUAAUGACGAGGUCCUAUAUGAACACACCAAAAGGGUCGGAGAGAUCCUGCUCGGUGAAGGCAAAGUGCAGCUUCUGCCAGUGACAAUGGGAGCUGAGGACUUCAGCUUCUUCGCUGACAAGACCUCUUCUCUGAUUUUCGUGGUGGGGAUACAGAACGAGACUCUGAAAUCGCAUCACGUGCUGCACUCGCCUUACUUCUUCGUCGACGAGGAGGCUUUCCCGAUUGGAGCGGCUCUUCAUUCAGCUGUUGCAAUGUCCUACUUGGAGGAGCACGCGGAUGCAGCCAGCGCGUGUCCUAACUAUGGUUACCCCUAAGCUCCAACCUGCGUAGGAUAGUUUUAAAGGAUUCCCUUAAGAUCUCUGGUCUAUCUUUCUGACCAGAGAUUCCUAGAUUCGGAAGCUACUCUGCUGGUCUGUUGCCUCGACGAAAGAGACAUCUUCAUCUCCCGAUCGCCAGGAAUAAACUGAGAUGUAUAUCGAGCAGCAGUAGAGUAUUGCAUUCACCAAAA